AUGGAGCACCUGGGUCCGCACCAUCUCCACCCCGGCCAUGCGGAGCCCAUCAGCUUCGGCAUCGACCAGAUCCUCAACAGCCCGGACCAAGGCGGCUGCAUGGGGCCCGCCUCGCGCCUUCAGGACGGAGAAUACGGCCUUGGCUGUUUGGUUGGAGGAGCCUACGCUUACGGCGGCGGGGGCCCAGCAGCCGGGGCGGGGGCCGGGGGCGCGGGGGCCUAUGGUGCUGGCGGUCCCAGCGGCCCUGGUGGCCCAGCUAGCGGCAGCGGCGGCGCCUGCAGCAUGGGCCCUCUGGCUGGCUCCUACAACGUGAACAUGGCCUUGGCGGGCGGCCCCGGUCCGGGAGGCGGCGGCGGGGGCGGCGGGGGCAACGGGGGAGCGCUGAGCGCUGCAGGGGUGAUCCGGGUGCCCGCGCAUAGGCCGCUGGCUGGAGCGGUGGCCCACCCCCAGCCUCUGGCUACCGGCUUGCCCACCGUGCCCUCCGUGCCUGCGGUGUCGGGUGUCAACAACCUCACCGGCCUCACCUUCCCCUGGAUGGAGAGUAACCGCAGAUACACAAAGGACAGGUUCACAGGUCACCCCUAUCAGAACCGGACGCCCCCCAAGAAGAAGAAGCCGCGCACGUCCUUCACGCGCCUGCAGAUCUGCGAGCUGGAGAAGCGCUUCCACCGGCAGAAGUACCUGGCGUCGGCCGAGCGCGCCGCCCUGGCCAAGGCGCUCAAAAUGACCGACGCGCAGGUCAAAACCUGGUUCCAGAACCGGCGGACCAAGUGGAGGCGGCAGACCGCGGAGGAGCGUGAGGCUGAGAGGCAGCAGGCGAACCGCAUUCUCCUGCAACUGCAGCAAGAGGCCUUCCAGAAGAGUCUGGCGCAGCCAUUGCCCGCCGAUCCGCUCUGCGUGCACAACUCUUCGCUCUUUGCCCUGCAGAACCUGCAGCCGUGGUCGGACGACUCCACCAAGAUCACCAGCGUCACGUCCGUCGCGUCCGCCUGCGAGUGA